AAUAAUGCCAGCUGAUAUAGAAACAUCAAUAAUUAUCAAUUCUUCAAUUGAACAAGUUAAAAAAACAUUUCUAGAUUUCAAUUCAUAUUCAAAUUGGUCAAUUUUUUUAAAAUCAAUUAAAUCAAAAGAAUCUAAUCAAUCAUUUGAACCUGGUUCUCAAUUAGAAGUUGAAUUAGAAUCAAAACCAGGUUCAAUCACAAAGAUGAAUCCAAUUGUCUUGGUCAACACAACUAAUGAAUUCAAAUGGGUUGGUAAAUUACCUUUAAAUUUAUUUGAAGGUUCUCAUAAAUUUGAGUUUAAUGAAAUAGAUUCAAAUAAAACUGAAGUUAUACAAACUGAGGAAUUUUCAGGUUUGUUGAAAAGUCCAAUUCUUUGGUUAGUUGGUGAGUCUACUAUUGCAGGGUUCAAAAAUUUCAAUGAAGCUUUAAAGAAACAAUGUGAAUCAUCAUGAUGGAUAAAUCAAGUUAAUUCAUGUUUUUAUGAAGAUUGAUUUUGGGUUUUUGAUUAGUGGGUUGUGUAAUGUGUUUU